CCCAUUAGUCGUGCGCAUAUGCCCGAAGCUAUUCGCAAUCACAAAAGCCUCGAACACGCCACGCCACGUGGUGGACGCCGCAAGGUACCGUUCGACACCAGGAAUGUCGUCAUAACGACCAUUCAUUCCACUACCGCGACUUCGACAAAAAAAACACCAUUCAUGAAUCCCCAUCACGAAAGAAAGUCCAGAAUCCUUCGCAAAAGUAUCCAUCCAGACGGCGAAUUGAUCUGCAAAAAAGAAAAAGAUCAUCGCUGCAACGCGCAAUCCCUCCCAAAGAGCAAACUCGCCAUUCGCUUAGAUGCAAUGUUAUACGGGGUAAGAGUAGUAGAUCUUUGCGGAUCAUCCCCCCAACCGGAACCCAAGGCGAACCCUCUUUUAUUUUCUUCCUUGGUUCCGAGUCCUUUUUCUUUAUUGUUUCUUUUUCAUUUGUUUUUUCGCCUCAGUCAGGCUAUUGUGCGUGUUGGGCUUUCGGAUGAGGGGAAGAAGUUUACUCCCGGGUGCGUGGGUUGUUGGGGGUAG